CAUAACAAAAUAUUUCAAUUCUGUAAUCGUUACAUAAUAUCGUUAUAUAUAAGAUAAUAUUUAACAAUGACUAAUAUAUCAAACUAUGUACUUCCUUAAAAAACAUAAGUUAAGUGAUACAGAAUGAUAAAUAUACUAUCAUAUGUGGGAAUGGGUUUACAGUCAGAAGUAUGCUUAUGGACUCUGUUGGGGCUGGUGCGAACAAUAUUCGAUGCAACACUAUUUAAAGUGAACGCUAACCUGAAACAGGUAUGGCAGAUGAGAAUGCCGGAGGAACUAACACUGCCAGUGCAACGCGCACUGCGCAUCAUGAUCUCCGGGGUGAUGCUUGUCCAGUGUUUUACUGUAUACAUUUAUCUAGCCUCAUAUAUAGUUCUACUAUAUCCUGUAUUCCUGGAGGAACGGCCCGUCUUAGUACUACUUUGGCUUCUAAUAGCUGCUGUAAGAAAAUUGCUGUGUGAAUUGAUGAGUCUUGCGCUUGGCCUCGGUACAUGUGUAUUAUUGGGACCAGCUAGACCACUCUGUAUAAAAUUUGUUGUUACCAAAGUCGCGUCAAUAAUGCCUGCAUUUUACAUGUGGAUACUAGUGUACAGUUACUACCAUGCCCUUAAAAUGGCAUCAGCAUUUAAAACAUUCCCAGCAGUGUUACAAAGUAGUGACCAUGAUUACGGUCUUGAAUUAGCGAUCCGAAGGCGAUGCACUAAAUCAUUAUUUGGAGAAGAACAUUUGCGCAGAAAAUUAGUCACAAAUUUCUAUGAUGAUAGACAUUCUUCUAAUAGAGAUACAAAUUGGACAAAAUGUGAUUAUUUAUCUCGGUUAAAUGAAGCUACAGAUUGUGCUAUUGAAAAUAACUCUAUAGAAUAUGAUACAUUACAACCCGAUACAUCUAAUCGUCUAAUACCAGAUGCAGGUUUUUAUGAAGAUUUGUUUGGCAGUGAAGUUACAAUACCCCGUGAUAGUGAUCGUAUACUUGAACAAUUUGGAGUAAUGCUAUUGCAUGUUGCUGCAUUUUUAAAGAAAGAAGAAGAUCCCAGUAGUAUACACCCAUUUAAUUCUCAGUCCUUUAUGAUUAUACCAAAAUUUGAUAAUAUUGAUUGUACAAAUAUACCUGCUGAAGAUACGGAAGCAACCUCACUUGGUGGUACCACUAGUAAAAGAACCACUUCUUAUUUACAGCAAUAUCCGCAAAUUUUUAUGAAAAAGUUGUCUGAGAUACCAUUAACAUUGCAGUCUGAAUAUACAAAACGAACACAUACUCAAAGUAGAAAAGGAGACGACAACAACAACGUAAUAAAAAGUCAUAAGCAUACAUUAACUAUUGAAUCCAAUCAGACUACAAUAGUAGAUAUUAAAAAAGUAGUUAGUCGAAAAAAAAUUGACGUACCAAAUCGUUUGAAGAAAUCUAACAUGCAAAAGACAUUAAGUGAGAAUUCGGUAGUUUUUAGUAAUAAUUCCGGAGACAAGAAUUCUUCAAACAUGGAUUCAAAAUGGAAGCUUAAAGAUGAAAUUUCAAGGCAAUCUAUGGAUAAACAGCUAGUUUCUACUGAUAGCUUAUAUAUCGUAUUGAAUAGCAUGAAAGCUGAAAUACCUACUAAUACAAAUUGUUCAGUAGAGGAACUUAAAGUACGAUACGACUACGGUACGAUAAACGACUUUUCUUCAAUACAUAAUAUACAUGAAUAUUCUAUAAGCAAUACUUCUGAAUCUUUGAUGUUAUCUCAGAACUCUGAAAAUUCUACUUCCACUAAAAAAAGUUUAAAAGAGCUAAAUGAAGAUGCAAUCGAACAUUAAACUAGGUACUGUUAUAUUAUGUGAUAUAUUUAUACUUGAGGCAUUAUCAAGAUAAUGUACAAGUACAAAAAAUAUUCUAUAUUUUGCAUUUUUUUCUUAGU